UGUCAGUUGUUGUCUUUAGGGGAGGAUACACCUGAGAGAGAAAGUUGCCUUACCUGUUGGACUUUGCUUGAUAUCCGUCCGGUAAAUCAGCAAGAGAGAGGAAGAGAGAGAGAGAGAGAGAGAGAAAGGAUCAGUCACUGAACAUGGGCAGCUCACAGCUGGAGUGUUUGGCAGAUAGUCACGUUAAUGUUCGAAUUACUGACAAAAAUCCAGAGUUUUAUUACUGUGAAAACCAGCGACUGGCCCUGGACGUGCUGCUGAAAUCUGGUGAAGUUAAUUUUCACAAGCUCCUGGAGAAAGAAGGAGUCAAAGAGUUUAUUUCCUCAAAGGAGACUGAGCACAUUCGCAGGAGCCACCACAGGUAUGAGGCUGAGGGGAAGGACAGCACCAAAAACAGGAAAGCAGUGAGUGACAGCAAGUCGACAUAUUGGCCCGAGCAAAGUGACACACCGAUACCUGACCUGGACCUGGGCUGGUCAGAACCUGUCACUUACCGAGGGGUCACCAGGGUCAAUAUCCAUAUGCACCCCCCGAGAAACCAUGAUCCCAACAUCAAGGAGAUUGUGCGUAAGAUGAUCCAAGAGGCCAGGAAGGUGAUUGCUGUAGCCAUGGAUGAGUUCACGGACCGGAAUAUAUUUAAGGAUCUGAUAGAAGCUUCCAGCCGCCGGCGAGUCCCUGUUUACAUCAUCCUGGACCAGGACAAUGUGAAGUAUUUCCUGGAAAUGUGCAAGAAAAUAGAAUUGAACAACUUGAUGAUUCGUCUUCACGUGGAGCAGUUCCCGGUUAAACCGCAGCACCGUCGCCAUAUACACCGGUCAGAUCCUGGAAAACUUCGACAUGGAAUUCCGGCAGCUCUAUGCCAACUCAGAUUUGGUGGAUCUCCACGAGUUGCUGGAUAUCAAGGCUGCUUUCACAAGUGUGACUCCCAGCGUCAGCGCCAGCCCAGUCCCUCUGCGCUCCGACGACCUCAAGAGGAAGUUCCAUAACCCCAAAUACCUCCUGGUGACGGAGGGAGUGCACCGGGUCCCCUCGGAAAACCAACAGCCUCCCGCGGACGAGGUGACGGUGAGGGAGAGGAGCGUGAGAUUCCGAGAGAGGAGAGGAACCAUGAGGGACAGUAAGAGAGAGGAUCACAGCAAAUCAGUUCAGGCAGUCGAGGACUGGCUGCUGAAGAAUGAUGUCCGGGGACUGGAGGAACCAGAGCCUCUCGAAGACCUGGUGCCACCCAGCAAGAUGCCCAACGCCAGCCACCAAGCCUCUACCCGCUUUGGCUUCUCAAACUGGGUCCGAAAUAGCACCAGGAGGUUAAAGGGAGCGGAGAGUGACUCCCAACCAGUCUCCGAGCCCAGAGCCUCCAGGAGAAACCUCAGACUGAAGUUUAAGAAAGACUCAGACAAAAGUGGAAAAGUGCUCACGGAGACUGAAAACCCAACAGACCUGGGCGCAGGAAAGGCCAGUCCCUCUAUGUCAGAGAGAGGUCGCAACAAGGACACCCCAAAGAGCAAGGAGCAGUGUGUGCUGUCAUGAGGAGUGGGCCCGAGGGGGCUGGGAG